CGAAUUCGUUUUUGAUCAUAGCUUCAUUCAAAAUAUCGUCAAGGAAAUACAAACUUACACAUCAUUUGCUUUUCAUACAAUUGAAGACAGUUAACAGUAAGAAAGCGAUGGCCAAGUGGGGAGAAGGAGAUCCGCGCUGGAUUGUGGAAGAGCGGCCCGACGCCACCAACGUGAACAACUGGCACUGGACGGAAAAGAACGCCACGCCAUGGUCCAAGGACCGCCUACAUCAGCUUUUUCAGGGUUUCAAAAUAGGGCACAGCGACAUUGAGUGCGCCGUAGACUCCGUGGACAAGUGCUCCGGGGAGGCCACCGUGAACAAUCGCAAGGGCAAGCUCAUAUUUUUCUACGAGUGGGAGCUGGUGCUAAAGUGGUCAGGAAAGCUCCUCAAGAACAGCGAGCUGAGCCACAAGGGCAAGUUGACCAUUCCCAAUCUCUCCGAGGAGAACGAACUAGCGGACGUGGAGAUCACGGUCACAAUCGAUGAGUCCAACGACGAGUCGGAGACCCUGAAACAGUUCAUGUACAACGUGGGACGAGACCGCGUGCGGCAGCAGCUGGCCUCAUACAUCCGCGAGUUAAAGGAAGAGUACUCCAAGAACCUGAUCCUACCAAAGAAGGGCGACGAUGCCGGAGCGGGAAAUCCUGUUGCGAAUUUGAAGGAUGCCAACAAUACCCGUAAUGCAGGCCAAAAUAUUGCCUCGAACACCUCGGUGGCGGCUCCUAGAGUCAACAUCUCUGGCAUCGGCUGUAAGCUGGACGUUCGCACUCUUUCAAUGACCGAGGAAUUCCACUGCAGCGCCAACGACCUUUACAACGCUCUAACAAAGCCGGAGAUGGUCACCGCCUUUACGAGGGCCCCUGCCAAAGUCGAUGCCGUGCGCGGUGGCGAAUUCAUUCUUUACGGAGGCAAUGUGCUGGGAAAAUUCGAAGAGCUUGUCCCGGAAAAAAAAAUACAGCAAAGCUGGCGUCUGAAAAACUGGUCAUCUGGUCAUUACUCAAACGUGAUCAUCGAGCUAGAAGAAACUUCAUCCAGCACAAUGAUGUCGCUUAAGCAGACCGGGAUCCCAGCGCCCGAAUAUGAUGGGAUGAAGACAAACUGGUACCGAUACUACUGGCAUAGCAUUAAACAGACCUUUGGAUUCGGUACUUCAAUAUCUGAUGCCUUAUAAGAGGACGCUUUUAGUGCGGGUUGCACUGAAUGAUUGAGGUCUCGGUGGAUGUCGGAUCAUCAAAGAAUGUGUAUUUGUAUUUACUAGAGUACUGCGAGAACUUUACUUCCUAUCAUAAUGCUUUAUAAAGAUAGAACUGGAAAGUCAGCGGCUCGCUUGGAGAACCACAUUACUUACAUAAAAUCAAAUACAAUUCAGGCAUUCGACAUUGAUUUCACACAUAGACAAACAAUAAAAAAAAAAUUUAAAACAAAA